AUGCCGAAAAACAAGAGAAGGUCAGUGGAUAAAGAUGAAGAACGGCUGUUGAGAAAAAGGAGGAAGAUAGAAAAAGAAUUAGUAAAGAUUUCUCUAAAUAAACGAAAGAAACCAGCUGAUUAUUCAAGUAUACUACCUAUAGGUAAUACUUACGAGUCAUAUAGCUAUGAAUCAUCACCUAACUUAAAAUUACCAGAAGAAAAAUUACCUGAAAAUGUUAUACAGGUAGAGGCUGAAAUAAACCCACAUUAUUUAGAACUUCUUGGUAAAGAACCUGCGAACGAAGAUGACGAUUACGGCCAGGAAAUUAUACCAAAUUUGGCCUCUAGAUGGAGUAAUUAUAUAAGUCAGAGUAUAGAAAAAGAAACAAAGGCUGAGUUAUUAUCAAAAUAUAAAAUACCAAAAAACGUGGAACUAUUAAAAGGGCCUGAGUUAAAUCCCGAAAUCUCUUCUUGUUUAUCUGAAAGUAACAAGAAAAAGGAUAAAUUUUGCGAAAAGUUGCAAAACGAAAUUGCAAAAGCGCCAGUUCAAACAAUACAAGAAGAAGCAAGCGGACGAACCUCGAUUUCAGAGAAGGGAACAAAAAGAACGAAGGAAGGAACAAGGAUAUCAACGAAAUCGUCAACGGAAAUAGUGGCUGAACAAUUCACCAUUCUAUGGGUCCUAUUCUCCAUGAUAGUUUUGGGAAAUUCAGCAGUAUUAAUAGCGCUUCUUUUGAACAAAUCUAGAAAAUCGAGGAUGAACUUUUUCAUCAAACAUCUUGCACUAGCCGGGAAGAGAGCAAGGUUAUUGGUUAUACUAGCUUGGGCUUUGAGUGUAAUUUUCGCCCUACCAGCUGUCUACCUUUUUGAAGAAAGAUUUAUAGAUGGAGUUCCCCAGUGCUGGAUAGACCUGAAGGACUGGCAAUGGAAAGUCUACAUGACCCUGGUGUCCUUCGUGUUGUUUUUGGUGCCGGCCCUGGUAAUCAGCGCCUGCUACGCGGUCAUAGUGUGGACGAUCUGGUCCAAGAGCAAAAUUUUGAUACCCGUCGGACAUGGCCCGAUAAGACACAUGUUCGUAUUGUGCUGGAGUCCAUACAUAGUUUUCGAUCUUCUGCAAGUGUAUGGUUACAUACCGAAAACUCAAACGAACAUCGCCAUAGCCACCCUGAUCCAGAGCUUGGCCCCCCUGAAUUCCGCAGCCAAUCCCGUCAUUUAUUGCCUGUUCUCCACUCACGUAUGUCGUAACCUAAGAAAGCUGCCUCCGUUCAGGUGGAUGUCUAGGUGUGCGGCCCUGUGCUUCUCGGGCACCAGGGGCCCCCGGUCCCACUGCUUGGGCUACGGGCCCGGGGGCGGCUCCGGCACCGUCACCACCACCACCACAACGACGCACUCGAGCCGGCGGUCCGGAUCUGCGCAGAGUCUGCGGCACACGAUCCGCCUGCAGCCGGCCCUGCACAACAGCCACAAGGUGGCCAUUUCGGUGGUUUAG